GGAGGUACUGAUGCAUUCUUAGACCCCAGCAUCUCUACUCCUCUCAGCAGCAUGUAAUGAGCUUAAUCACACAGUCUUGCCUUGCCCAUGUCAGUACAAAGGGGUCAAUCGCUUGGAUUAUCACACUCGACUUUGACAUCACAAUCCGUUGCACCUCUUUCUGUUUUUCGGCUCUUUUUGUAAAACAAUUUGAACCCUUUGUAGUCUCUUUGGACAAUGUGAUUUUUUAUCUAGUACUGUAGAUAUUGGUUCAGACUGUCAAACAUGGAUUAUAAUUUACUUCAUCUUUACUGUGUGUAAGGCUGUGUAAGGUUAGAGUGUUUGGGGGUGGGUGGUAACGUUUGGGUUUGGAACAAGGUUUUAUCCUGGUUACCAUUGGAAUAAACUCCAAUGCCACGAUCUAACAACAAGGUCGCUGACGAUGGAACAUCAGCACGGCCACUGCAAGAGGGAAGAGCACUGGUGGAUUCCCUCAUUAAGGUGGUUGCAUGUUAUCGGCACCUGGCUUCCUGUGUUGGGGGCUGCACUGAUAGCUCCAGUAUGCGGCGUGAUCUCCAGCAAACAAGAGAGCGGGCCCAGACUCUUGCGCUGUCUUGCCGUAACCACCUGACAGCUCGGCUAAGGGAUAAAACCUUACCAGAUGAUGAGAGGAAAGAAACAGAACGGCUGUGGGUGGCGUUCUCCUCAUGCCUGGAGCUCUUACAUACAGACAUGUGUAAAGUUUUCACCCUGGUCAAAUGCUUUUCCCCUGCUUGCAACAGUACCAUGGUACAAACAGGCAUACAGGGGGGGACAACCGAGGUGGCAGCACAGGCUUUGAGUCUGCCCGACCUACAGGAGACUAAUAAUGAAGCCCAGACCUCCAGCAUGGAGGGUCAGGAGCAGAGUCAGCUGGAGCAGGAGAUUGCACAAGUGGACCGUACUCUGGAGGACAUGGAGCUGAAGGUCAAUGUGCUGCGAUGGACAGUGGAAGCACAGGGACCUCAGUACGCAGACCCUGUCAGUACCGACAGCACCUCUUUAGCACUGCUGUCUAUCAACGAAGAGGCAGCCAAACGCUUUUGUGAUCAUCGCCAGAUGUUUGUGGCAAUGAUAUUCUGCGCUGUGGCAAUUUUUGCCGUGUUGCUGUCGGUUUGUGUGGUGUUACUGGCAUGAAGUGUUAAAACAUGCACUAUUUGUGAUGUGUAGGCAGUCAGGAGAACUGGGAAUGUUUCUUUUUUAAGGUCAUGUCAGUUGUGACUGGCCAAACGUCAACAGUGCACAUUGCAGUAGUGAUUUGUAACAAUUAAGCAGUUCCUCACUGUUGCUCUCAACAGAAUUGAAUCUCAGAUUUUAAGAAUUGAAUUUAGUCUGAUUUUCCAUUGGGGACAAUUAGAAUGUCCCUGUUUGUCAAUAUGUUGUAUAAAGUACAGCCGCGGAAAAAAGUUAUGAGACCAUUUCAAAAUCAUUUUUUGUUUUUCUGAAUUUACUAUUUCUAGGUAUGUGUUUAGGUAAAAUGGUGAUUUUUUUUCAUUUUGUGACCUACUUACAAUAUUUCUCCCAAAAUUCAAAUAGAAAGUCUGCAGAAAAUGAAAACUGGAGAAAAAGGUCAAAAUAACAGAAAAGAUGCUCUGUAGUUUUUCAGACCUCAAAUACUGCAAAGAAAACAAGAUCAUAUUCAAUUUUAAGCAAUACAACAGUCAUAUUUGUACAUGCAUUUAAGAAACGUUCAAAAGUUUUUUUUUAUGUGAUAACCUCAGUUUUUAUCACAGUUUUCAUGUGUUAGAUGACUUUGUCACUCCUGAGGUUUGAUUUUGUUGAACAGACACUGGACUGGAAUGGCUACAAUACAUCUAGAAAGGUUGAUUAAAUUAAAAUUUGGAAUGGUCUUAAUUUUUUUCUGCUGAUAUUUCUUUUAUCAAUGCAAAAUGUUUUAUAUAGAGUUAAAGUUAAAUAUAGUUAAGUAUUAAAUAGAAAUGUAAGGCCCCCAUUUAGAUAAUACAUAUAGUGUGUGUGUUUGUGCAUAAACACAAGUCUUAUUUACUUAAUUUGCUGUGUUGACAGUAAACACUUUCAUAGUCAACACACAGUCAUUUAGUAUUUAUUGCUUUAUGUGCAUGUCUUUUAUAUUAUUUUGACAUUUUAUGUCUUGAUUAAGUGUAAUGCGUACUUACAUUUAUGUUGUGAUACAUAAUUUUUGUGCAAAAACUCAAUUAUGUCAGUAGACUUAUUUGAAACAAGUGGUUUGACUAUUUACCAACUUCAUUUUAUACUGUAAAUACCGUACUGUUUAAAUAAAAUUUCAUGGCUUAAUAAAGCCAGUCUCAUGAGAAAAAAACAACAACUCAAAGCAUUCUGGGAAUUUUAAGAAUUCAGAGAUUUUAUUGGUUUUUUACUCAGUGGGGAUAUAAAAGACAACUGCAGUUUAUUUUAUUUUAAAGGAUAAUUAAUUUUCAUGGUUAAACUUUAUCUAGUAUGGGAAGGUUAAUAUUCCUGCUGCUUGCCAUGUCUGCUGUUCACCAAGCUAUAUUGAAUCAG